AUGGCAGAUCCGGAAGAAGAAGCAUGCUCUAUUUCGCCAAUCGCUAUCGAUGAUGAUACAGAUAUAGCAAAUUUUGUUUCUAGAUUAUCUAUAGAGCACAAUAUUCCUUGGAUUGAAAAAAAACUCAAAUUAUGGAUUGAAGAUGCUUCAGAUGCAUUAGAUUUUGAAUAUAUUCUUUAUUGCCUAUUUAAAACUCACAAAUUUAGUUUAAACAAAUCUGUUCGAACAUGUAUCCAGAAUUCUCUUUUAGCUUUAUAUAAAAAGGAUCCAGAAAAAUACAUAGUUCUCUUUACCAAUGAACUCAAUGAUGUAGUUGCUGAUAUAAGUAUAAAAAAUAUUUCAAUGCAUUCUGUUUUUAUACUUCUUAAAUGGACUAACUGUUUCAUUUUAAAUAUUUCAAUUAAUGUUACAUUAGCACAGAAGCAUCUUCCAGGACUUAUAUUAAAUCAGUCAACUUUACUUGAAUUAUAUCUAUCUUCUUCUGCUAAAGAAAAUACUAAAUCUAUAUCUUUGCGUUCUGUUCAAAAAACACUUGAAAACGUUCUUGUAAAAAUAUCUAAUGAAAAUGCAUUUUUGAACUUAAAUAUAUAUAUAGAAGAGCUUAUAAAAGUGGAAAAAAAGGCAAAUUGUACCCAAAACACAAUUCUACUUGGUAUGAUUGCAAAAGUGGUAUUUUAUUCACAGUCUAAUGAAGAAAAUGAAAUUAUAAUGAAAAAAAAGGAUAAAAUUAUCGACUAUUAUAUACAAAAUAUCCUUAAAUCUAAAAUACCACUUUCUAAAAUAGUAAUUGCAGGAUUGAACGAUUUUUUUACGUAUUUUGUUACUUUUGAAGAUUUUGAGUUUAAAAUUAUGUUAAGUCUUGAAAAAGCUUUAUUAAGAGCACCAGAAAUUAUUUUAAAUGGAAUUUUAAAGGAACUAAUAGUCUCAUUAUCUCCUACAAUUGAUUUAAGUAAACCUAUAUAUGAAAAACUUUUCAUUCCAAUUUUAAAUGCAUUAAAAUCUUCUAAUCCAGAUGUUUGCAAAAAUUCUUUAGAAACAUUUGAAUGGAUUAUUAAAAGAUGUACUAAUCAUGAUUAUAUACAGUUUAUAAUGGAGAAAAUUGUAUUUGUAUUAGAUUCAGGAGCUCUUUUUUCUCUUAAUCAUAAAUUGUUACAUAUUAAAUCUUUAACAUAUCUUCCAAAAUCACUCAAAUUGUCUAAAUUAAUCUUAUCAUUUCUAAUACCUUAUAUUUAUAGAGAAACAAAUGAAAACAUUUCUAUUGCAUUAGUUGAAUCCUUUUUUUCAUAUUUUACAUAUAUUAUUAGUAUAACAAAUGAAAUCUCUGAUGAUUAUAUAAAAUUAAUUAAAAAUGGGCUUAUAGAAAUGGUUAGCGCAGUAAGAAGAACAUGGUUUAAUGAAUUUGGUAAUAUUAUUUGGAAUCAUAGAUAUAAUCUUAGCAAACAAAUAAUAUAUCUAGUGAAAACAGUACUAAAUUUGUUGUGGGAAAUAUACAAAAAUAUUUUAGUUAAUCCUUUACAAUGCAUUCAGAAUAAAACUACUAUCGAAGGUUACCUAUGUACAGUUAUUUUUAUUAAUAUUAUAUACAAUUGGAAAAACGAAAACAUUGCUAACAAUGAUGAUUUAUUGUCUAUAAAAUCAUUAUUAGAAAAACAUUUACUAUCAUUUGAAAGUACUCCUUAUUUUGUUUUUUGGGAUAAAAUUUAUAGCAAAAAUUUCCAUAAAGAUGACAAAAUAUGGUUUAUACGUUCUCUUAAAAUAAUAGCAGAGUAUAUUCCAGAACAUCAAUUUGAAAAAAUUGGAUUUUUAUGGGCUGAAGCAUCAUUCUCAUUAGUACUGUCAAAUAUGUUGCAUGAUUAUUCAAUCGUUUCUACCACAUGUGAAAUGAUAAAACAUUGCUAUUUAAAAUCUAGAGAACAUAUUUUGGAUAUUUUUUUAUCUGAAAUUUGGAAACGAAUUAAACAAUUAGAAAUAUCUUAUACACAGACGGAAAAAGAUGUUGCGAUGAUUAAUAGUAUAUGUUAUCUAAUUAAUGCAAUUUCUCCGAACAAUCACGAGUUUUUGUCAAAAAAUGAAAAAGAAGAUACAGAAAGACAAUUAAUAAAAACAGUUAUACUAUAUCAUCAUCCAUUAUUAAGAAAUAAAUUGAAUUGGAUUAAACUUUGUAAAAAAUUUAAAAUAGAUCCAUAUAUAUUAGUAACCAGUCAUUCUCAGGAACUAGCCAAUACUAUUAAAAGUUUACUUCAGAAUAAUAUCGUAAACGAAAGCAAAUUAACAUUGCUAGCUAUUAAAUUAUCUAUAUCUACUUUAACGUCAUUAGACCAAAUAAUAAUCGUUCCUUUAUUUGUCGAAAUGUUUUUAAAAUAUCUUUCUCAUUUACAAUUCGAAAAUAUUUCUGAAAAAGAUAUUUCUAUUUGGAAAGAUAAAACAAAUGAAAAAGCAGUAGAAACUAGUUUUAAAGUUGAUUGCAAUAAUUUUAUUAGAAAAAAUAUACAACAGAAGAAUAAAUUAAAUAAAAACAAACUGGUGGAAGAAAGUCAAACACUAUUAAAUGAACAAUUAGAAGAGGCAAUCAGUUCUAAAAUUUUAAAUUUAAAGUCACAAAUUAUAUCUGGUCUUAUUAUAAUUCAAGGACUUACAUUAGCAACUCAAAAAAAUCGAAGUUUAUGGUAUUCAUAUGCUAUUCACGCUUUAUUAUCAAUAGAAUUAUUAGAAAAAGGCCCUUUAAUUGUUCAUGAACUUAUAGUUCAAACAUAUCUGGAUUGUGCCAAUUGUGUAUCAGUGAAAAAUAUUAAUAUAAUGAUUGGAAUCGCAACAUUAAGAAUAUUUAAUGUUAAAUAUAUACAACUUAACUUUACCGAAGAACCUUUGCAAAAACUAGUAAUAAGAUUAUUAUCUCAAUUAAAUUCUUCUGUAAAACAACGUUCUUUAGAUGAGAUAUCUUUUAUUUAUAUAUUACCUUUUUUAAUUCAAGUAAUAAAAAAAAAAGGAGUAGGAACUGAUGAUCCUGAGGAAUGUGAUAAACAAGUUAUGCUAGCACUUAAUAUAUUUUCUUUACAUAUAGAUUUUUGCAAAUCAUCUAUUUCAAGAGUAGAAACUAUUCAAGCAUUAUUGAAUAUUUUAUAUUAUUUUCCAAAUCAUUUUGACCAAGCUAAAGAUUGUCUUAUUUUAUUAUGUAAAAUAAUCAAAAAUAAUGUGACGAAAGAAGAAAUAUCAGAACUUAUAAAGGAAUCUAUUUCACCAAAAUUUCAAAUUCGAAAUGUAGUUCUUCAAGCCAUAGAGCCACUAGAUUUAUCUAAAUAUGAUUUUUUUUACGAAUUAUAUCUUACAAUUUACGACAAGAAUGAAACAAAUGCUUUGAUGUCUUUAGAAAUUAUGAAAAAAAAUAAUCUUCUAAUAACAUGUAUUGAAAAAAAUGUUCUUAUAAAUUAUCUUUGCAAUGACCAGUACUAUAUUAGGGAGUGCGCAGCUAAAGCAAUUUUAUCAUAUGUCAAAAAGUAUCCACAUGAAGUAGAGAAAAUAGUAUUAACAUUAAUUGAACUUUAUAAAAAAAAGUCUAAGCUACAGACAUUAGAACAUGAUGACUUUAAUAUCAUAAUUCCAAAAUCAUCAAAUAAAAAAGAUAUGUGGGAAAUCAGAUGUUCUAUAGCACUAUCACUAUCUUAUUUAAUACCUUAUUUCACACCAUCUUUAAUUCCUUUCUUUCUAAAAUUUUUAAUUGGAACAUCUAAUGAAUAUAUUCCUUUAAAUGAUGAUUCUUCAGAAGUACGUCAAAAAAUGUUGGAAAAUGGUUUAAGUGUUAUUUCCCACUACGGCGAUUCUCAUGUUGAAGAACUUUUUAAAAUUCUUGAUAAUUAUUUAACAUCUUCAGAUGAGUUUCAGAAAAACGAAAUAAAUGAGAGAGUAAUUAUACUUUAUAGCACAAUAACAAGUCAUUUAAAUAUAGAUGAUCAAAGAGUUCAUAUAGCAAUAGGGAAACUUAUGAAUAUACUUAAAAGUCCAUCUGAAGAUAUUCAAAUAGCUAUAGCAAAAUGUUUUUCUUUAUUAAUUAAAUUUUCUUUAAAGAAAAUUCCCAAUUACAUAGAAAGGUUGAAAGAGGAGCUUUUUACAUUUGAAAAAUAUGCUGAAAGAAAAGGUGCUGCUUAUGGUUUAGCAGGAAUUAUUAAAGGUGGCGGUAUAGAAUUGCUUGAAAAAUAUGAAAUUAUAGAAACACUUAAAAGUGCAAUUACCAAUAAGAAAGACCAAAAAUAUAGACAAGGGGCACUUUUUGCUAUUGAAUCAUUUUCACAGAUUCUUGAAGAAGCUUUUGAACCUUAUAUUAUUGAGAUGAUUCCUUAUUUAUUAACUACGUUUGGAGAUCCUAUAUUAGAUGUUAGAGAAAGUACUACAGAUGCAGCGAAAACAGUUAUGGGCAAAAUUAGCAAAAAUGGAAUAAAGUUAAUAUUACCAUCAUUAUUAUCAGGGCUAAAUGACAAUAAUUGGCGUACUAAAAAAGGUUCUAUUGAUUUUCUUGGUGCUAUGGCAUACUGUGCACCUUAUCAAUUGUUUUCAUCUUUACCUAUAAUUAUACCUCGUUUAACUGAAAUGAUUAAUGAUUCUCAUUUACAAGUACGUUUAGCAGGGAAUGAAAGUCUUUUAAAAUUUGGGAAGACAAUUAAUAAUUUAGAAAUUCAAAAACUAGUUCCUGCUUUACUAAAAGCAUUAAGUCAUCCGAAUACGCAUACAGAACCUGCUCUUGAUUCAUUACUCAAAUUCCCAUUUACAUAUCAUAUUGAUGCUGCUUCACUUGCUAUAAUUAUGCCGGUUUUAGAACAAGGAUUAAAAGAACGUUCAGUGAUUUUAAAAAAAAAAUCUGUUAAAAUUGUAGAAAAAAUAUCAUGUUUUGCAGAAGCAAAUGACCUUAUUCCAUAUCUUGAUAAUAUACUUCUUAGUUUACGGAAGAUUCUUAUAGAUCCAGUCCCAACAACUAGAGAAACAUCAGCAAAAGCUUUAGGAAUAUUAGUUAAGAAUCUAGGAGAAACAAAUUUCCCCCACUUAAUACCUGAUCUAUUAUCAACAUUAAAAAAAGAUAUUAGCUCAAUAGAUCGUCACGGAUCUGCUCAAGGGAUUUCUGAAAUACUUUCAAGACUUAAUAUUCAAUACUUAGAAAAUAUACUUCCUGAAAUUCUUGAAAAUGCUUUAAGUCCAGUAUCAUAUAUUAAAGAAGGGUACAUAGCUUUAUUUAUUUACCUUCCUCAAGCAUUUGGACCGAGAUUUCAACCAUAUAUAGGAAAAAUUAUAUCACCAAUUCUUUUAGGAUUAGCAAGUGAUUUAGAAUCUGUUCGCGAAGUUUCUUUAUCUUCAGGGAAAGUUAUUAUCAAUAAUUAUGCAGCAAAAGCAGUAGAUCUUUUAUUACCUGAGUUACAGAAUGGAAUAUUUAACGAAAAUUGGAGAAUUAGACUGGGUUCUAUACAAUUGAUGGGUGACCUUCUUUUUCAUAUCACUGGGAUAUCUGGCAGAACACAUCUAGAAGGAAAUACCAAUAAUCUCCAAUCUUAUAAAAAUAUUCUCUUAGAUAUUUUAGGUCAAGAAAAAAGAGAUUAUAUUUUAGCAUCUCUUUACGUUAUAAGACAAGACGUUGUUGAACAAGUUCAAUUUUCUGCUUUUAAUGUUUGGAAAACUUUAGUUACAAACACCUCUAAAACUAUAAAAGAAAUUUUACCUGUUAUAAUCAAUAUGAUUAUAUAUUCUCCUAUAGCUUCAAGCAAAGUACAUGAUUCUGUGUUUGUAAAGACUCUUGGAGACCUAGUGAAAAAAUUAGGAGAAGAUAUGAUGCCUCAUUUGUUACUACCUCUUCAAGAAGGUAUGAAUUAUAGUGAAUCUACUGCAAAAGUUCGAAUAUGUGUUGCGUUAACUGAAAUUAUUCGAAACUCAGAUAUUGGAACAUUAGAGCCAUACAAAAAUGGUCUAAUUAAAACUAUUCAACAUGGUUUUAUGGAUGUUGAAGAAGUUAGAAAAGCAAUUGCACAAAUGUUUAAUAUUAUGUGUGAACUCUAUGGAAACACUGUUAUCAAUCAAAUUUUACCAAAUCUUCUUGAAUCACUUCAUUCAAACAAGAAUGCAGAAAAUGCAUUAGAGGCAUUAAAAGAACUUAUUUUUGUACGUUCUCAAAAUAUUUUACCAAUAUUAAUACCAAAAAUCACAAAAGUUCCACUUUCAAUUAUAAAUGCAAGAAUUAUAAGCUCAUUUGCGGAGGUUUCUGAUCCUAAUUUCAAAUAUUAUCUUUCUACAAUAAUUAAUGCUCUUAUUGAUACAUUAAUAUUUGAUAUCGAUGAAAGUACUGAAUUAGAAAUUAAAAAUGCUAUAAAUAAUGUACUUCUUUCAAUUGAUGAUAACGAAGGUAUAAAUAUAUUAAUUCCAAUAAUGUUUGGAUUAGUGAAGCAUGAGAAUUGGAAAAAACAAGUUUUAGCAUGUCAACAUAUGGUUUAUUUUUUUGAAUCUACAAAACAAGAUUAUUCUAAAUAUUUUGAAGAAUGCAUAUAUACUUUUCUUUCACUUUUUAACGAUAAAAAUGAAGAGGUCGUAAAAUCUGCAUGGAAAGCACAAAAUGCUUUUAUUAUGGCAUUAAAAAAAGAAGAUAUGGAGACUCUUGUUGGUCCUGCACAAAAAAUACUUCAUAAUAUUGGAAUGCUAGGAAAUGAAUUAAAAGCAUUUGAAUUACCUAAAGGAAUUAAUGCAAUAUUGCCUAUAUUUAUGCAUGGAAUUAUAUAUGGAGAUGCUAAUAAUAAAGAGUUAGCUGCUAUGGGAAUUUCUGAUAUUAUUGAACGCACAAGUUCUAGUAGACUUGAUCCUUUUGUAAUGCAAAUAACAGGACCUCUUAUUAGAACUAUAGGAGAACGAUAUUCAACUCAAGUCAAAUUAACUGUUUUACAUACUCUUGAUCUUCUAUUGAAAAAAGUACCACUACUUUUAAAACCCUUUUUUCCUCAAUUGCAAAGAACUUUUUUAAAAUGUCUUUUAGAUCCAACAUCUCAUCAAUUAAGAUUAAAAGCAGUCUCUGUAUUAAAAGGACUAAUUGUACUCCUUCCUAGAUUAGAACCAUUACUUAACGAACUGUCUAUAGGAUCAAAGAGUAUAAAUAGUGGUGUUAAAUAUGUUAUGAUUAAAUCACUUUUUAAUGUUGUAUCGAGUUCGAAUUUCACUAUAAAUGAAACAUCAAAGGGUAUAAUAUAUACAUUAAUUGAGGAUAAUACAGAUAUAAAUGAUUUUCAAAUACUUGCAUAUAUUGGAAAAUUUUCUACAAUUUUAUUUAAAUAUUUUGACAAAAAUAACGCUUUAAGUUUUCUAUGUUCGAAAAUUUUCGUUUCAGAUCAUAGUAACUAUUCAAUUCUUACACUUAAUGCUAUUUUGGUAGAUUGUUCUGAGUAUUUAAUAGAGCUAGAUUGUUCACUCAAAAUUGUUCAUUCUAUAAUCAGCGGAUGUCUGAGUAAUAGACCAUAUAUUAUCAGUAAUGGGGUUUUGGCUGCUGGGAAAUUCUUAUUAGAUAGUAAUUUCAACACAAAUUCAGAUCAUACAACACUCAUCAUUGAAACUCUUAUCAAUUGCAUCAAAAAUCCAAAAAUCAUACCUGAUGCAAACAGAUUAAUUUUAACUGUUAUUUCUGCAACGAGCAAAAAAUAUCAUCAUAUAAUGCAACCACACUUUAAUAUCAUUAUUCCUGCCGUUUUUAACAAUGUUCAUCAUGUUUUAACACCUAUUCAGCUCGCUGCUGAAUCUGCAUACAUUUCUUUAUUUAAAAUUACUCCACACAAUCGCAUUCUCUUUAACAAAUACAUUGCAACACUCGAUUCAACUCAAGCUAAAGCUAUGGCUGCUUAUCAUAAACGUAUGAUGGCCAAAACUGCUACUACUCAUGAACUCCAAAAUAACGUAGUCUUACAUUCGGAUGAAGAUUACAUAGAAAUCACUUCAAUCGGCUUAUCAUCCACUUCUGACAACAACUAG